AACGGAGAAGGAUUUAUUAUCUGUUUCCUCUAGGGAGGGUGCAAAGUCGUUCUAACAGUUUCCGUUACAGGGUACCAACUGGCCACCCCUCCCCAACAGACGGUUUUGUUGAAUUAGCUUCCUUUUUUUUUUUUUUUCCUUCUGCUUUUGGCGCCACUUCCUACGACAGAAACUGCUUGAGGGAGGAGUCCUCGAGGGUGUUCUCUGAGGUUUCCUUCCUCGUCCUAAACAGCCACCUAAGAGUUUAGAAGCCUGAGGAAGCUCAGACCUGGCAGUGAAAGGAUGUGGCUCCCGGACCCAUCUCAGAAAGAGGUGCUGAGGUUUGCAGUGAGCUGCCGCAUCCUGACUCUAAUGCUACAGGCACUCUUCAAUGUCAUCAUCCCAGAUCACCAUGCAGAUGCCUUUUCUCCUCCCCGCCUGGCCUCCUCGGGCUCUUUGGAUCAGCUUGUGGAAGGUCUCCUGGGUGGUCUGUCUAGAUGGGAUGCAGAACACUUCCUGUUUAUUGCUGAGCACGGCUACCUUUAUGAGCACAACUUUGCCUUCUUCCCUGGCUUUCCCUUGGCCCUGCUGAUGGGAACUGGACUGCUGAGGCCUUUGCAGGGCCUCUUGAGCCAGCGCAGCUGCCUACUGAUCUCAGUAGCACUUCUCAACUUCCUGUUCUCUGUGCUGGCUGCAGUCACACUUCAUGAUUUGGGCUGUCUGGUUUUGCACUGUCCCCGCCAGGCCUUUUAUGCAGCCAUGCUCUUCUGCCUCAGCCCUGCCAAUGUUUUCUUAGCAGCUGGUUACUCAGAAGCUUUAUUUGCCUUCCUGACAUUCAGUGCCAUGGGGCAGCUGGAGAGGGGCCGGAGCUGGGCAAGUGGGCUGCUCUUUGCUCUUGCCACUGGGGUGCGCUCCAAUGGGCUGGUCAGUGUCGGCUUCCUCCUGCAUUCUCAGUGCAGAGACUUUUUCUCUUCUCUUUUGGUGCUGAACCCCUUGAAACCACUCAUCAAGCUGGUGGCCUCUCUCUGCUUGUCAGUACUCACUGUCAGCCUUCCCUUUGCUCUCUUUCAAUAUUAUGCCUACACCCAGUUCUGUUUACCAGGCUCUGCCCACUCCAUUCCUGAGCCUUUGGUACAGUUAGCUGUGGACAAAGGCUACCGUAUCACAGGAGAAAAUGAGCCCCCGUGGUGCUCCUGGGGUCUGCCCCUAGUAUACAGCUACAUCCAGGAUGUCUACUGGAAUGUUGGCUUUCUGCGAUACUAUGAGCUCAGGCAGGUGCCCAAUUUUCUACUGGCUACACCAAUGGCUGUACUGGUUGUGUGGGCAACCUGGACAUAUGUGACCACCCACCCUUGGUUCUGUCUUACACUUGGACUUCGAAGAAGCAAGGACAGUAAGACUCUAGAGAAAUGGCACCCUGGCUUCCUCAGUCCAAAGGUGCUUGUGUACCUGAUCCACGCUGCCCUGCUGCUGCUCUUCGGAGCUCUGUGCAUGCAUGUUCAGGUUCUCACACGGUUUUUGAGUUCUUCCACUCCUGUUGUGUACUGGUUCCCAGCUCACUUGCUUCAGAAUCAAGAACCACUGUUGAGAUCUGUAGACACAGCGCCUGAGAAGCUUCUUGAGGAAAACUCCCCACCAGAACAGAAGGCCCCCAGAAACUGUAUCAUGAAACUCUUGUACAACUGGAAGGCCUGUUCUCCAGUCACAAGAUGCAUUCUUGGCUACUUCCUGACUUACUGGCUCCUGGGACUACUCCUCCAUUGCAACUUCCUGCCUUGGACUUGACCAGGAAUCUCAAGGGACAGGCUGGAAGCUGAUUUAACCCAGGGGCUGAAAAGUUCAAGAGACACUGGCUGGGACUGCCUGCUCAUCCCUGAGAGCACUAUCUGUUAGGCUCAACCCCUGUGCCCCUGGAGACCAGUUAGCAAUGGAGAAUAGCAAGGAAUCCUUAGUGGGAGGAGGAACUGUUUUCUCUGCUGAAUGGAGUUGUCUCAAAUCUCCUUGAUCAACAAGCAUCAGACAAUCUUAAACCUCCUGCUGACCCAUGUGGAAGUUUUUUUGGUUUUAUGUUUGUUUGGUUAAUGUUUUGAGACAGGGUUUUCUCUUUGUUACCUUGGCCGUCCUGAAUCUCUAGACCAGGCUGGUCUAGAACUCAGAGGUCGGACUACCUCUGCCUCCCAAGUGCUGGGAUUAAAGGUGCAAGCCACCACUGCCUGCCUUUCCAUAUAUAAAUUUUUUGUUUUUCCA